CAUUGAAUUCACAAAAAAUCAACAUAUCACAUCACAAUGGCAAAAAUAUCUCGAAAUCCAAUCUUAAAUUGAGCAAUUCCUUCAGCAGAAACGCUGCAGUGUGGUUGGUUUUACAAAGUGUUUGUGAAAAUGGAGAGUGAAAUUGUGAGGAGAAGAGCGAAUAUUAUUGCAUUCCACUUAGCUAUUCAUGAAGAUAUAUCAGCCACUGCUACACACGUUUUCCCCAUGAGGUGUAGCAAUAGUCUGAACUCUGUCAUCCGGAGAUACGACAACAGGAUGUACUUUGCUCGGCAAGGAACGAGUUCUCAAGGUUGCUACAUGAGACAGGCUUUACAUGAACAGGGGAACUACGUGCAACCCAGCAUUCCUUCACAAUCCACGGAUUCUGGAAAAAAGGGAUCUGCUUCCCUUGAUGCACCAUCAUAUUCUAGACCUGCUCAAGUGGACCCUUUCAAAAUGGAUCAAGGUUGCGGGUAUACUGACCCUUCUUCAGAAGGUCCUGUGUUUGCAAGGCCAACUACUGAAGAAGGGAAGCCCGUGUUCCAGUCUGUGGAAAAGGCUCGUAAUGUUGCACAAACAGGAUCUGAGUGGUCACCGAGAAUGGAUGUUGUAGAAUCUGGAUUCAAUUAUGUCAUCACGCUAGAAGUUCCCGGUGUUAGCAGGGACAAUGUGAAGGUAGAGGUUGAUGACCAAAGCCUGGUUAUAAGUGGCAACCGGCUAAAUUGGUCGUGUGGUGGAGGACGCUGUUCCAACGAGCCGAUCAUGGCUUAUCACAUAAGAGAGAUUUCACAGGGGCCAUAUCACAUUGUUUGGCCACUUCCUGUUAACGCACAAAAGGAUAAUGUAUCAGCAGAAAUUCAACCUCUUGUCAAUGUUGUGACAUGCAAGAAAAUAGAGCACCAUUUCAACUCAUAUAUGCUUGUUAUUCUUGUCAUCUGUUCGUUCGAUGCAAUCAAUCGUUUACUAGCAAAGGACGGGCUGCUUUGCAUUACGAUCCCCAAACUUUCCGGGCUGCGGUGGCUGAGGAAGGCAUACAUGUAGGUCUAAAUAUACAGAUAGCUGUUCUGUGUUACCAAACAGCAAUGUGUGUGUGUGUUUAAUAACUAGUUAUCAUAAAGAGAUAUGUAUAUGUAUAUGUAUACGCUUGCAUGUUUUCUUUGGUUUCUAAAAUAAAAGGUUAAAUAAAUGAAAAUCCUGUACAA